UAUCUUUAUAUGUUAAUACGGUUUGGAAAUUGUGUUGAACAAUUUAUUUAAAUGGUGAAAUCCUUUUCGUGGCCCCGCCUCUGAUGAGUCUGGUACGGCGUGACGUCAAAUCAAGUUGUGUUGACAUCAAGCUAACGGCUAUAUACAGGAGAUCAACCAACCCCUCCUGUCGACUUGCUAGCUAGAUCCAACAUUAAUGUUCUGAUGGUGUUAUUCGGAUAUUCGUGGUCUCUCACACAUGCUCGUGGUGUUCUGUGCAUAAGACAUGCAGAACGGAUAUAACGAGAUUGGGUUUGUGCAGCAAAUUCUUAGCUUGAAUUUGGUCCCAAGGAAAAAUGGCACCAAUCGAGGCAACGACACAUCGCUUAGCGACUUCUCAGAGAUGUGGUAUGGAGUCUUCUUGUGGGCUGCCGUCUCUUCACUGGUGUUCCACCUCCCUGCUGCUCUCCUGGCCAUUGCCACCUUGCGACAACACAAGAUAGCCCGCUUCAUACCCAUCGCCAUCAUACUGAUGAGUAUUGUGGGCCCUGUGUGUGGCGGUGUCCUUACCAGUGCCGCCAUUGCUGGGGUGUACAAAGCAGCAGGGAAGAGGAUGAUCUCCUUGGAAGCCUUGGUGUUUGGAGUGGGCCAGUCCUUCUGUGUCCUCAUUAUCUCCUUCCUCAGAGUCCUAGCUACACUCUAGCACUGGGACACAGGAACUCGAGGGGGGAGAGAACAUGCAAUCAGCAGGACGGCAUAUGCAAGACACAGCUGUUCCUUCAGAGGCCUUAUUUUCUAUAACCGUUACCGGAUUACUUUAUUUGCCAAAGUGGUAUAUUUCAGGGCUGGCCAGGGGCUCUCUGUUUUUCUAUCUGUGUUUGUUUUCAUUCAGAUUGUUGUGUGUGUGGUGCUAUUGCACUAUACUCGGGAACAGGCCUUCUCAUUUUGUGUGUUCUAGAUGUAUCAUACACAUGGCUGAAAGUGAAACAUUCCAGCAUGCAGGAAAUUUGUGCUCUACAAUUUGGACGAGUACACUCCAUUUACUGUCUCAAUAGUUCCACAGCCUGGUAAAGACUACAAGUCUGAUGUGCAUGCCUUCAGACAAACACUAAAGGAGAGCAUUCUCCGCUCUGUUCCACCACAGAUCAAUCAGCUUAAAUACAAUGUCUUGACUGUGAGGUGUGAUGUAUUCACAAUGAGGCACAGUGCUCGAUGAUAUUGCUAUUGAAAUAUAAAUAUCUAAGUCAGACAUAGCUACAACUUUAAGCUUUGUGUUAUUUCCACGUGUCUCUUUCUCUCCAUAUUCCAACUUGGCGUGUGUAAAAAAAAAAAAAAAAAAAAAGUUUGUACAUAAUAUUUAAGUCCAUUCCAUCUUCUUCUGUAAGCAUAGAGGCAAUGAAGAGAAGGAAAGUUGUAGGUUCUCAAUCUCUGUAUAUUGCUGAGCAGACCAUAGGGAAUAGUGUUGAUUAAUCUAAUAUUUAUUUUAUUUUCCUUAAAUAGUAUUUUUUCAAUAUUGUUAGGGUAUUUUCAGAUGGAUGAUCAGUGUGUAUGCAAAAUACUUAUUUCUGAGUGAAACCUUAACACAAAGCGGUUGUAGACUGCUCUAAGUUUUCUGGUGUGCGUCAGUGUGCUUAUAGAAUUUAAUCUCUUUCGAGAACCUUCGCAGCAUUGCUCCAUUUUUGUUGUUGUACAUUUUCUAUUGGCCUUAAUUAUGUUAAAGAUGUACAGUAUGUUGGAAUAGUGUAAUAUAUUGUUACUUUGCCAGGAAUAAGAGGCAACCUCACUCUAAACCAUGAAUGUGAAUCGGAUUUCCUUAAAAUUCCUUGUGGAAUUUCUUAAAUCUUUACCAAAGAGAACCUAAUACAAAUGUACAACUGAUUUAGUUUUAACUGAUAGCCCCCUUGUCCCAAAAUCCGACUUUAAUUAAGGGCUCUAUUCGAUCUGUAUCGCUGAAGCAUUACAGAUUGCGCUGUAGAAAUGUAAAGGUAAUUUCUAAUUGAGCCGACAUAUGCAGCGUUUACCGUGAAUGCAGUCUCCGCUAAUGCUGAAACAUUGCCUUUAAAUUUGAUUCACGCUGUAACGCUGAACUUAUGUGACACGGAUUGAAUAGAGCCCUAAAGGUUUCGUCAGUGUGUCCAGCAUUAUAAAUCAUGAGUCGUGUGUAAGAACAAGGUAAAAGUCCAACUCAGCAAGAAAAAAGUCCCAAUCCACCAUAGAAGAUGCAGAUGUCUAUUCCAAGCCAAGAGUAGCAGACUAGUAAAAUCAAGCAUUACAAUCCAACAAAAAGGUUUUUAUGUUUUGUAAUUCAGCACGGCUACAUGCAUAUUGUCCAAAACUGUCAGCAGAUUAGUGGCCUCAGUGUGGUGGUCAUUACUGCCGUAACAAAACCACAUCCUUUUCAAAACACUAGUGUGAUGGACUGGUUAUAGGAACAUAUGAGGAUAUUUUGAGGUUGGGUUGGCAAUAACACUACUUGGUAAUGGUUCAUUAUUGUAAUGUAGACAGAUUUGUGGUGAUUAAAGUUUCUUAGCAGCAGGCUCGAGCUGUUCUUCUGUCUGGAAGUGAUAUCAUGAGGGGUGACAUGUUGAAAUCCAUGCUCUGCUUAUCUGGGCCUUGAACACCUCAAUUCCACAGAAUGUUUAUUUUUCUAAAGUACUUUAACUUUCCUCAUUGUAGCAUGACUGCACACUACUGUUUGGUAUAUAGCUAGUCGGUUUGUCUUGCUUUCAAUAAAUUAAUGCUCUUUAUUGCCCAUGUGAUUU